AUGAGAGAGAUUUCGGGCCCGGGCGGCUCUCAGAGCUUCGAGUCUGGCCCGCUCAGAGGGCCAUGGCGGAGCCUUUCGGGCUCGCGCCGCUUGGAGAUGUCUGUGAGGUAUUCCUACCGAGAGGGCUUGGCAUCUGCGGAGUGGAGUGACUGGGGCAGUGGUGCUGUCAUCUUGGGCUUGCCUACACCCAUUGCCAGUGAGGAACUAGAGGUGGAAGUGAGUGACUACGACCCUUGCGAAGCGACAGUUCGCUGGAAAGCUUUCGAGAUUCCAGGAUUCCUCAACAGUGAGGUGGAUUACCGCAUCCUUCUCAGAUCUUGGCCGGAAUCAUUUUGCAAGGGGGGAAGCCGAUGCACAAAGUGGGUCCCCCUGGAGACCGACGACGAUGCCAACCCCCGCAACCGAGUUUGCCUCCUGACGGGGCUCCAGCCCUGCUGCGAGUAUGAAAUUCGUGUGGAGGGCCGCCACCGCGCGGUUUUGGGUGAUGGGACCGAUGGGAGCUGGUGCCAUCUCCAGCGAUCUUUCUGUCUGCCGCGGAGUCGCAGGGUGGAUUAUUUGGGCAGUCAGAAGGUGACGAAAGAUGGAUUUGGCCGGCAUCCUUCCUGGACCGCACCCUGCUUCACCAGAGAACAGAACGAGAACAUCGACCAGGUAACCUGCUUGAAGCCCCUUGCGGCACUUGCCGUUGCCGGGGCUGCCGAAGCGGCUUCUGAAGUCGACUCCCAGUGCGCUUUGCAGCGGGCCUCAGCGUCUUCGGCCAGGGGUGGGCACCUGGAAUGGCAGCGACUACCCCGUGAGCAGGAGAAGGGGGCGCUGGCAUUGGACCUGCGCAGGUUGGGGCCUGGAGCCUGUUAUCUGCGCUGGGCCGCGGCAGAACCCGGCGAGAUGCUUCCACUGCAAGCGCCGGCUGAGGCACCGUCUUUGAUGGCCGAUGUCUUCUUCCGCCACGGUGCACCAGCGCUCCAGCUGCGCUUUCGAUCCGCCUGCCACGAGGCCUUGUCUCGCUUCCAGUUGUGCUUCGAGGGGGCCAAUGAGGAGCGGAUGAUAUUGCCGGCACGUUCUCUGGAUCACCCCUUCACUCGCAGGGACGAGGAGAUCAAAGUGUUCCUGGGCCCGGCUAUCUUGGCUCCAGGCCGCUACCGCGUCCGCCUCCGUGCAGCCGCGGCCCUUUCCCCGGCGCUGGUGUGGUCGCCAUGGACCGAGGCUGUGGAUGCUCUCCUCGAGCGGCCGCCACCGCGGCCGAGGGUUGGCGACGAGCUGCGCGUGCGAGAGGGCGGCUGGGCGAAGAUGGCCUUUCACUGGGGAUACCUCAAGGUCUUCACGCCAGCACCGGCGGGAGCCCUUGCCCUGCGCUGCGCCGCGUUGCUGCGGCGCCUGGCGCCGGAGACGGAGCAUGCCAUCUUGGCACCGCUGAUGGCACCAGCCCUGUCGAAAGAUCCUCAGGAGGCUCUCGAGACGCUCACGCUGUCGCUGGACCCCCGAGUCGCAUCUCGCUCCUCUCAGGAGCUUCUGUGGAGACUGCAGUGGCGGCCGUGGUGCAGGUCCGGGGCUUCGGAGCCUUGGCGUCCCGCCGCCUCCGUCCAACUCCAACAGAACACCAAGAAGGAGGCGUCGGGAACAGAGGGAACACCGGCCGACGUGAAGGUGCUUUGGAACUUGGGCGGGGAUGCUGAAGCGAAGUGCCGGCAAGUCCAGCUGCGUCUAUGUUUAGAGGACUCUGUGGCUAAGAACUUGCUCCCGCAGAGCCUUUGGUUCUCACACGUCUCGGAGCCCAUCACCACGAGCUUCGAAGCGCCGCUGCCUCCAACGCUGAUUUUGGCGUAUCUGUGCAACCAGCUCGUGGUGCAGGUGGAGGCAGCAAGGUGCCGGAGGAGCCCGGGAGACUGUGACCCUUGGGGUCAGGUGCAGCGGUGUCAAGUCAAAUUCCGAGGACAGCUUCGCGAAGGGAUCCGGAUAGAAGACUGCCAUGCAAAGCCGCAAAGCCUAACGGAAGGACAUGUAUCGGCGGCAAAGGCUUGCUUGUCCAUCCCCAUAUCCGAGUUUCCUUCUGAUGGCCUCGAAUAUUCGGCUGCAGUUCGGGUGGGUGAUGUGAGCCUUUGGUCAUGCUGGAGCGACUUCGGCGAUGUUCUAUGUAUGAUGCAGCCUGCUGUCUGGUCCUCCGAUGGUGAGCUUGGGGUAUCAGCACCAGUAAAUCACAAGGUGACUCUUUCCUGGAGCCCUCUCUGUUGUGGCCUCGGUGCUGUCCCCAUUGACUGUGUAGUGACGAUCCUCAAGGAUGCCGUCGUUCACGACGAGGUCCUGCUUGGAAGAUGCGGCAGGACCGCGCGGCACCAUGCUAGCGGCCAGAACGCCCCCAUUGACCAGGGUGACCAGGAUCAGUUGGAGGUAGCUGCUCAUGGAUUCCAGCCGGGGGUCGUCUACGAAUUCCUCCUCUACGCUAAGGCCCUGCUGCCACGGCUUCAGAGCCCUCAAGAUUCGUGGUCUUUGCCAGUCGCGCGGUCGAAGCCGUUCCAGUGGCCAAAUGUCUCGGAAGAAUGGUGCUGCCUUGUUGACUGGGCCCUCCCGCGGCCACAGCAGAUGCUUCUGCCAGAUGGGGCCCUCGAGGAGUCCAGCCCGCGAUGGAAGCGAUCGGUGCUUCUCUCUUGGCCAUCCAUGGAGCAGCUGAGCUUGGAAGUCCGAGAGGAGAAUCCACUCGUGCAUCAGGUCCUAGGCUGGAAGAAGGCGGCAUGGGUUCGUAUUCGGUUCAACGACACGGAUUAUGUCGCGGUCUUUGACUUGCCUUGUGACCUCGGUAACCUCGUCCGCUUUCGCUGGAUGGACACAGCAUGCGGAUCAGUCGGGCCAAGCAGUGAUAUUUGCAUCGCCCAUCUCCCUCCGCCAAAGCUGUCGGUAGAGGCCGUCGAUCGUACAGGGUCUUUGCAGGUCCGUCUGACUGCAGACACCGAUACCCCGAUGGCACCAGCAGCCGUAUUCUUGCAGGUACGCUUCCGUACCACAAGUGGGCGACCCACACCAUCAACGUGGUCACCGGGCAUCCUCUUUCCCCUACCUUCGCAGCGCAAGUUUACGGUGGACAUUUCUAAGACUCAUGGGCUGGUGUCAGGGAAGAUCUACGUUUUCUCGGCACAGCUGCUGUCAAGCACACGGCGGUCUCAGUGGUCAGCCGAGACGGUUCCUCUGAGCUUGAAGCUGCCGGCAAUCACAGUGCCUGGUGGAGAGCUCACAGUGCAAGCGAAAAGCGUCACAUCAGUGACCUGUUCGUGGCCAAAGCUGUCUCCGACUUCUGGCGCUUUUGAAAUCGAGUUCAGGCUGGAUGUCUUCAAGCAGCUGCCGGACGGCCUGCAGCAUCAGACUUCGGUGUUGGUGGACUGCAAAGACGGAAAGUCAGUUUGUGAGGCCACAGUGUUCAACCUGCAAGCAUCCACGGAGUACGUGGCACAGCUCUCCCUGCGUCUCACCCGCAGGGGCUCACGCAGGUGGCAAAGCACCGGCCUCUCCACCAGUUUCAUCAUGCCGGACCCAUCGUAA